AUGGAAAAAGAGAAAUAUUCGUCAUUUGAAUGUGCUCUCGCUAAGAACGGGACUCAUCGCAUUUCGCUAACGCCUGUACCGAUGACGAUGCAACAUCAUCAAGACAUCCCCACCCUCACCACGGCAACAAUCUCAUGUCAGCAGCCAGAAAUGAAUAAUUCAAGUUUUAAGAAGAGAAGUUCUGCAUCAAUACCUGGCCCAUCACAAGCGAAUUGCAGCCCAAGACGAUCUGUGCCUAUGCAUGAAAAAACUCCGCGUCCUUACUCUAUAACGUCUUUGUGCUCUGAUAUAAGCAGUGUGCCAACCAUAACAUCGAAUUUUAGUACAUCAAAUUCAUGUUCACCACUUUUGGCAACAAGCAUGACGUCUUUAAAGCCAACAAGCUCAGAAUUCGUGCCUUCGGAAUCACAUACUCGAUCCCAAACCCGUUAUGACACAAAUAUACUAUCAUCUACCUUGCCUAUUGUAAAUAAUGUUCCGGAUUGUUUGACAAAUCUCACUUCAAGCAGCUCUCAGCCAUCCAACAACAAAUUAAUCCCCUGUGUAACCCAAUCUCAUCAAAGUUGGAUUCCUCUUGUGGAUCCACCGGUACCCGUUGAGCUUGAGCCUCCAUUGAAAAAGAAACUUCGUGAUGAAAGCCCAUAUAUCCCUCAAGAUUGCUGGAAGAGUGAAUUUAUGCGUAUGAAUUCGAAAGAAACGAGUCCUUUGCUUUCUGAGUCCGACCACUUACCCAUGAAAGCACCGGAACAAUUUUUUGAGCACUUUGACUGGAGAGGGAAAAGUUUGUUAGAGGCUCUCCGCUCUCUCUGUUCGCAGCUGUAUCUACAGGGUGAAACGGAUAAGAUUGAUCGAAUUUUGGAGUCACUCAGUAUUCGAUAUGUGGUGUGUAAUCCUUCUUCACACUUUCGUGCCAAGGAAUGCGUGCACAGUGUGGUGUAUUCUUUAUUUUUAUUGAAUACGGACUUACAUUUGGCUAAUAUGAACAAGCAUAUGACCUUGCAUCAGUUCUUGAAUAACACAUGUGACGCACUUAAAGAAUUGGACUUCUUCGACGAUGUCCCAGUGAGCGUAAAACAAGAAUUAGAAGAGAUGUAUAUUUCCAUUCGUGAGCAGCCUUUAGGUGUUCCUCAAGAGAUUCGAACUCUGAUUGAACCUGAACCUGAGCCUUUUCUGCGUCGCACCUUGUCUCGUGGGCGCGGAACCAUAUCCAGCCUUUAUCGCAGGCAAAGCAAGAAGCAGAUGGAGAGAACCUCCCUCGCACUCGGAUUACAUUCAGAGCCGAGGGAUCCCUUGUCACUUUCGUCUAAGAAAAGAGACUCUACCUGUCUUUCGUUUGACAUGGAUUCUGUUGUUGCUCUAGACCCUAAGCAGAAUUGGACGGGUCGAAAAUCUCGUGAGCAAUUUCGAGUUGUUCUCUGUGAUGGAGCUGUAAUGUUAUACGCAAAGAAAUCGCUGCUCAAUUUCCAAGAUAUCCCCGCGCGAUGUCUUUCUCUUAAUCAAGCAUGGCCUAAAUUGUGUGAAAAUAAACAGGAAACAUACUUGGCCCUAACACUCGCGGAUGAGAGUGUGCACCUCUUUUACGCGCCGUUACCCAUACUUAAAUCGUGUAAAAAAGCAUGCAUUUUCAUGAGUGCUUGUGUGAGCAGUAUUCCUUUGAAAGAAGGGUCGUCUAACGUAGACUAUGGAUGGUUGAACGUAUGCACAAAAGAUGUUCAGCCGCGAGCGCACGAACCUCUGCAAGUCAAGUCGGGAUUUUGGUGGAAACUUUUCUCUCGCAAAGAAGAAAAAUCGGCAGAAGCAUCUAUUCAGAAUUGGCUAAUUCCCGAAAUGUCGCUGAGUCCUAGCACACUUUCACGCGGUGAUCAGGAAACAAAAAUGGCAGAGUACUUGGUCUAUAUUGAGCAGACACUUUCGAUGCUGGAACGCAUAAAGGAACCCAUGCUUCAGUACUGGCACAAGGACAGACGAGCAAGGUCCAAAGCUCUAGCGAAUUGGGAUCGCAAACAUGCUUUUCUUCAGGCGCAGUUCGCCAAGUUCGGCGAAUAUCAAGAAGCACUCAAGUGUUGUGAUGACACACCUACAUCAUGUGAGCAGUCCCAACAGCGCAAGGGGGCGCAUAACGCACGGACGUCUCUCCUGAUGGAAGGGUCACGUGAUGUACUCUAG